AUGGCACCUACGUACUCUCCGGAGGUUUUACCUCUUUCGUCGGUCCUACCCUCUCCACAACAGCCUGUGUCGUCUCAGCGGGUCGUCCCUGCUAUGAGGGCUGACAGGGCCAGAGUUCGGGCCAUCUUGGACUCCUUGCACCGGGCCGCUGAAACCGGGUCGCCCUACUUGCACCAUCGACCCACUACCCCAGAACCCAAGUCUGCGGUACCUAAGACCCCUCCGAGGCCAAAGGCUGCUGUUCCUGUACUUCACGGAGCGGGUUUCGCUGGCUCCACCAUCGAGGAGAUUCGUUCCUCGAUGGAUGCCUUUGAGCGCUCGCCAGAGGUUCAGGAGAGGCGGGCUCAGAGGAUGCGGUCUCUGAGGCAAGCCGAACAACUACAGUUCGAGGAGGAGUCUCCAG